UUUUAGACAAUGCAUGACCAAGAGCAGCACUUGCCGGAACGACCGGACCCGUGGUUCGUGCAAGCGGGCCCCUCAGAACGCCCGUGCAGCCCUUAAAAACUUACAAGGGGGCAUAUUUCAAUAUAAGUCUUGAUAUGUAAUCAGUCCAGGGCUUCAUUCGCGCACGCUCUUUAGCCUUUAGGCUGCCAUGCAUCCCGCACAACCUUGUAGCCGAAGUUUAUGGGGCCACUUUGUGCCUCGCUCUUGUAAACCACAAUCAAUCCUUAACGAUACGCGCACCUGUUCUAGACUCACUGAGCACAUCAGAAGCUUAGCGGCUGUAUUCUAGACUAGACAAACCUCGCAGAACACUUCGUUCGCGCACUUCAACAAUGUCUGGCUCCACCACCAAGGUUCCGUUUACGGAGCCGGAAUGGAAGAUUCCAGGGUACACCGGUUAUGUCCAGGGUUUACAGGAGACCUACAAAAAGACUCCUGUGAUGGCGCAGCUGGAGACAAAGGAUCCCUCGCCGGAGUCGUUCAUCUACACACGCACGCAGACAGCCCCCAAGCCCUCCCCCGUGCGGGAUCCCUGCAACAACCCGGAGAACUUCAAGAAGCCUCAGCCAGGGAACCUGUGGCCAGCGCUCCAAGAGACGGCCAUCCAAGCGUCCUUCAAGCCGCCCACCAGCAACAUCGCGCUGGGCGAUGAGCGCAUCAUUCCGUUCCGGACGUCUUACGGCGUGGACUUUAAGGCUCCCUUCAACGGCACGGAGCAACUACGCAGCCCUAACCGCAAUGAGGACCUGGUGAAGACAACCUCCAGCUUGACAAACAUCUACAAGAGCUCCUUCAACCGUGUGGGAGAGAAGCGGCUUCAAAAGAUGAUCAGCACCAUGCGCGAGCGCAUGGAGGCUAAGCUGGGCAACAGCAACAACAACGCGUUCCGCAUGCGCAAGCUGUUCAAGAUGUACGACAACGACGGCUCUGGGCGCGUGCACUUUGAGGACUUCCGCAACAUGGCGGAGACGUUCGGCAUGCAGCUGGACGACGACUCCCUCAUGGCGCUGUACUUCGUGUACGACCCCGAGGGCUCCGGCUACCUGGAGUACGAGGCGCUGGUGGCUCAGCUCAUGUCGCCCAGUGAUUUCGCCUUCUACAAGGGCUACGUCGACUACAGCCAGGACAAGGCGGACGAGGCGCGGCGUGUGGAGCUGCUGUCGCAGCUGAAGAAGAAGAUUGGGCCGGUGGCGGGCGACCUGGAGCGCCUGCUCAAAGCCUUUGACAGCGCCGGCAACGGGCAGGUGAGCCGCCACGACCUGGUGGCGGGCUGCGCCAGUGUGGGGGUGGUGCUGGGCGACAAGGACUUUGAGACGCUGGCGCCCGUCAUGACCUACAACAGCGACGGCCUCAUCGACUACGCCGCCUUCUGCGCCGUCUUCAACUCUUAAGCAGUAGUGGCGUAGCGGCUGCAGCAACAGACAGAGCGGCUGGCGGGAUGUAUGUGCAGCUAGCAGCGUGUGCCCGGGUGGUGUACGUGUUGGGGACGAGCUGGGACGCUUUGCCAGAACUAAGUGCAGUUCCGCAUGGCCACGUAUGCCAUUGACGGACGACAGAUUAAUAUGUAGGCAAGGGUGAGUCGGGCAUAGCGGGCAGGCACUUUACCAGUAUGCGGUGACUGUACAAAUAGUUUGAUUGUUUCGGGUGCUAGCGGGUAGAAUGGACAAACUGGGAAACCAGUGGCGGUUAGGCCAUUCCUGGCAGUGGCUGUGUCCACGAGGGCUGUUACAUACACGUGCGGGUGCUGGGGUGUAGCGGGCAGGCGUAGGCAAGCAGAGCUGCGGCGAGUGCACCGCAGAGUGCAGAGCAGGCAGUGGUCAGUCCACCAAGGCACUCAACACAGAGUGGUAGCGCCAAGGGUAGCGCCGCGAGGUGCUAGAAGGUGUGUGCGCAAUGUGCAGUUCUGUGACUCCUGUCCCAUGAAACUGGGAAGCUGACGGGAUGUUGGUCCUACAGCCCUUCG